CCCGGCGCCUGCGCGCUGCGGGCUCCGGGCCUCCCGGCCUGAGGGAGAGGAGCAGGGAAGAUGGCGGCUGUGGUGGAAAAUGUAGUGAAGCUCCUGGGGGAGCAGUACUACAAAGAUGCCAUGGAGCAGUGCCACAAUUACAACGCCCGCCUCUGUGCCGAGCGCAGCGUGCGCCUGCCUUUCUUGGACUCACAGACCGGAGUAGCCCAGAGCAACUGUUAUAUCUGGAUGGAAAAGCGACACCGGGGUCCAGGAUUGGCCUCUGGGCAGCUGUACUCCUACCCUGCCCGGCGCUGGCGGAAAAAGCGGCGAGCCCACCCUCCUGAGGAUCCAAGACUUUCUUUCCCAUCUAUCAAACCAGAUACAGACCAGACCCUGAAGAAGGAGGGGCUCAUCUCUCAGGACGGCAGUAGUUUAGAGGCUCUGUUGCGCACCGACCCCCUGGAGAAGCGAGGUGCCCCAGACCCCCGAGUAGAUGAUGACAGCCUGGGCGAGUUUCCUGUGACCAACAGUCGAGCACGAAAGCGGAUCCUAGAACCAGAUGACUUCCUGGAUGACCUCGACGAUGAGGACUAUGAAGAAGACACUCCCAAGCGUCGGGGCAAGGGGAAAUCCAAGGGUAAAGGUGUGGGCAGUGCUCGUAAGAAGCUAGACGCUUCCAUCCUGGAGGAUCGGGACAAGCCUUAUGCCUGUGACAUUUGUGGAAAACGUUACAAGAACCGACCAGGCCUCAGUUACCACUAUGCCCACUCCCACUUGGCUGAGGAGGAGGGCGAGGACAAGGAGGACUCGCAGCCACCCACCCCGGUUUCCCAGAGGUCCGAGGAGCAGAAAUCCAAGAAGGGUCCCGAUGGAUUGGCCCUGCCCAACAACUACUGCGACUUCUGCCUGGGGGACUCAAAGAUCAACAAGAAGACAGGACAACCCGAGGAGCUGGUGUCCUGUUCUGACUGUGGCCGCUCAGGGCACCCGUCCUGCCUGCAGUUCACCCCGGUGAUGAUGGCGGCCGUGAAGACCUACCGCUGGCAGUGCAUCGAAUGCAAGUGCUGCAACAUCUGCGGCACUUCCGAGAACGACGACCAGCUGCUCUUCUGUGACGACUGUGAUCGCGGCUACCACAUGUACUGUCUCACCCCAUCCAUGUCUGAGCCUCCUGAAGGAAGUUGGAGCUGCCACUUGUGUCUGGACCUGUUGAAGGAGAAAGCGUCCAUCUACCAGAACCAGAACUCCUCUUGAUGUGGCCACCCCGCUGCACCCCCAUACAUCUAGAGCUGUUUCUCUCCUCCUCUCUUGUUUUUCAUGCCCACCUUGCCCUUCCUCUUCCUCUCUUUCACAAGUCCAGAGAACCUCGGGGUGGUUGUGCCAACCUGCCUUUGGCAACAGCAAGCUGAGGAGGGAGCUCUGACCGCUUCUGGCCCCAGGCCCUCAGGGAGAACGGAGCAGCACACUGCCCCAAGGCGUACCUGUGGGCCCAGCUUCUCACUGCUCUCCAUGAAGUGCAUUCACUCUGCCUGCCUUGGGCCCCGGCCCUGGUGAUCACAGGGUUCAAACUGUCCUCCGAGAAAGAGUGGGAGAGCAGCUCACUUCUCUCAGCUCUGCCUCCACUCUAGUCCCCAGGGUUUUCCCUUCCCCCGGAGGUAAGCCAGGCAGAGGCCUCUUUGUCAGGAGCAGCUGGGAGUGAGCAACUGAGCAAGCUGAGGCGGCGCUUGCAAGGAGCUUUCCAGCCCUUCGUGCUGCUUCGCCUUGCCGCCCUUCCCCCAGAGUGGCUCUCGGUGGCCCUCUCUUCCUGCUACCCAGGAUCCUUUGCCUGAGCCAGGAUGCUCCUGGUCACCCUCCUGGCUCUGCCCUGUCCCACUCCACCCCACCCCAGGGGGAGUAGCAGCUUCACCCUGAUUCUUCCUUGUGCUCGCCUGGCUCACUCUCACAGACGGUUUCUAGUGACCGAAGCAUUCCCCACUCUUGGAAUUUCCUAUCUUCUGCCUCCCUUCCUUAUUCUCUUUGGUUUUGUGGGGAGAGGGGAAGCAUCAGGGGGCCAGGCCAGCAGCUUGGGGGCCACAGGGAGACGUUGGAUAAUGUGCCUGUUUUUUAACUCGAUGAAAAAGCCUACCUCCAAAAUCCCCUUUUUGUUCUUCCUGGACCUGGGCGUUUAGCUCCUGCCCUUAACUGAAUUGGGAGCUUCUGCCUCCUGCUCUGUGUAUCCUGGCUCCUGGCUCACGGGGAAGCCACGUAGACAUCCCUUUCUUCCCUUGCACGCUCGCUAGCAGCUGGUAAGGUCUUCACACCCUGAUUCCUCAGUUUUCUGCCUGGUGACACUGACAUUAAGUAGUAGGGGGGGACAGUCCAUGCCAGGACACCCUGGAGUGGCCUUCUCCUUGGCUGUGGGCAGGCCCUAAUUCACUGUCACUUUGGAGUUGAGGUAUCUUUUUUUCUUUCUUUAGUUCCUGUAGUCUCAACAUUAGUAGAAAUAAACGUUUUUACACAGA